AUGAACAUCCUUCAUUCGGAACCGUGGAGAGGAUUGUUGUCGGAAAUUCAAGGUGACCUUUAUUUUGGAAAGGAUAGCGACUAUCCGUCUGAGAAAGAUGUGUAUGAGUGGGCUGGUAUAUGGAAGUGGUUACGUUUGAGAGGAGAGUACGGUCGGGAGUACGGUCUCAACUUCUCUUCAUUUUUCUUGCGAGGUUUGCAGAACAUGCUAAAUGGAGAAGUAGCAGCUGCUGAAGCUUGGUUCCAUCAAGGCCCCUGGAAUUUCCCAUUUAUCAACGAGAAAGAACUAGCGUUUGAGGAAAAAUACAAUGUUAGUGUAAUCUUGAUAACGCAAGAAGGAUACAGCCCGACGAAGCCGUCCACUUUUGGUAUAAUUCGGAUCGAAAAGCCGGAAUCGAUUUCUCCGCCCUCCCAAAUCGGGUCAAGUUUGAGCAGAUGGAGC